UUUUUGGGCCCCUAGAAGCGGUUUUAUCCACGGUUUUAUUCAUGGCUUGUGUAACAGGACUAAUUUCUGUCCCAUGUUUCGCGAAAUGGCUAAGGAUUGAAGAUCUUUACUUGGGAGCCAAAACGCGGGAAAACCUCGUCGGUGUGGGCCGUCUCGGAUGCCUCUGCACCACAAGUCUAAAUAAUUUCUACCAAGAUGUACUCCAUACCAAUAUUAGUAAAGGGUGAAUUUUACAUUCCGUUGAAUUCAGGGCAGCUUGUAUAAGAAUCGCAGCGGGUGAGCUUUCAAACACCACUAAAAAGGAUAGUGUAAACACCUUAAUCCCAGGCGUAAAAAUGCAAGAAUGAAGGCUCAAGCGGGUAUCCUUAAUUGAUUUUUAAACCAAUAUUGAGCUACUGAAUGGGUAUACCUUAGUAAAG